AUGGAAGGAGAGACGGUACCCGAGGCCGGGAGAGCGGCCGGCAGAGCCACGCGGAUCGCCCUCGGCGUCUUCGUCAGCGGCACCGUCGUGCUCGGCACCGCGCUUUUCUUGGUUAGCCAAGGUCUUAUAAAGUUUCAUCCGAAGCAACGGUACUGUUUGACCUCAGAAUGUAUUGAAGCUGCUGCUGGCAUCCUAAGCAAGAUAAAUCAAUCCAUAGAUCCGUGUGAGAACUUUUAUCGAUUUGCCUGUGAUGGCUGGAUAUAUAAUCACCCUAUUCCUGAAGACAUGUCAAACUAUGGUGUUUAUCCUUGGCUGCGACACAACGUGGACCUCAAACUAAAGGCAUUGCUUGAGAAACCCAUCAGCAAAAGACGAGACAGUGAAGCUGUACAGAAAGCCAAGACCCUUUAUGCAUCCUGCAUGAAUGAGAAUAAAAUCGAAAAAGCCGACGUGAAGCCCCUGUUAAGUAUACUGAGGCAUUCACCUUUCCGCUGGCCUGUGCUGGAAUCCAACAUUGGACCUGAAGGGCUGUGGUCAGAAAGGAGGUUUAGCUUAGUCCAAACCUUGGCAACUCUUCGUGGUCAAUACAGUAACUCUGUCUUCAUCCGUUUAUAUGUGGCUGCUGAUGACAAAAUCUCCAAUCGGUAUAUCAUGAAGCUCGACCAAGCAAGCCUCUCUCUUGCAUCUCGAGAGGAUUACCUAGAAAACACCACAGAAGCCAAAUCUUACCGAGAUGCCUUUUUGCAGUUCAUGGUUGAUACAGCAGUGCUGCUGGGCGCAAACGCUUCACGAGCUGAAUCUGAUAUGAAGUCGGUUCUAAGACUGGAAGUUAAAAUAGCUGAGAUCAUGAUUCCAUAUGAAAAUCGCACAAGUGAGGUGAUGUACAAUAAAAUGAACAUAUCAGAGCUUAGCGCCAUGAUUCCACAGUUUGACUGGCUGGGAUACAUCAAGAAGGUGAUUGACACCAGACUCUAUCCUGAGCUCAAAGAUAUAGAUCCUUCAGAAAAUGUGAUUGUCCGUGUUCCCCAAUACUUCAAAGAUUUAUUCAGGAUACUAGAAAAUGAAAGGAAAAAGACUCUUGCCAACUAUCUGGUGUGGAGGAUGGUUUAUUCAAGGUUAUUUAACCUCAGUAGACGUUUUCAGUAUCGGUGGCUGGAAUUUUCUCGGGUGAUCCACGGAACCACAACUUUGCUGCCUCAGUGGGAUAAAUGUGUGGACCUCGUUGAAAGCGCUCUCCCUUACGUUGUGGGUAAAAUGUUUGUGAGUGCCCAUUUUCAAGAAGACAAGAAAGAGAUGAUGGAGGAGUUGACUGAAGGAAUUCGCUGGGCUUUUAUUGACAUGUUGGAAAAGGAAAAUGACUGGAUGGACUCCGAAACAAAAAGAAAAGCUUAUGAGAAGGCAAAAGCAGUUAUGGCAAAAGUGGGUUACCCUCAGUUUGUAAUGAAUGACACAUAUAUUAAUGAAGACAUCAAAACACUGAAGUUUACAGAAAGUGACUAUUUUGGGAACGUGUUGCAAACUCGCAAAUACACAGCCCAGUCUGAUUUCUACUGGCUUAGAAAAGAAGUUCCAAAAACAGAGUGGUUUACAAGCCCAACUACUGUAAAUGCUUUUUAUAGCGCAUCUACCAACCAGAUCAGAUUCCCAGCAGGAGAACUGCAAAAGCCUUUCUUUUGGGGAGCAGAGUAUCCUAGGUCAUUAAGCUACGGUGCCAUAGGAGUAAUUGUUGGGCAUGAGUUUACUCAUGGAUUUGAUAGCAAUGGUCGGAAAUAUGACAAAAAUGGAAAUUUAGACCCUUGGUGGACAACUGACUCUGAAGAAAAAUUUAAAGAGAAAACAAAAUGCAUGAUUAAUCAAUACAGCAAUUACUACUGGAAGAGAGCUGGCUUACAUGUGAAAGGCAAGAGGACUUUGGCAGAAAACAUUGCAGAUAAUGGAGGUUUGCGAGAGGCUUUCAGGGCAUACAGGAGAUGGAUUACAGAAAAGAGGGGAGGAGAAGAAGAGCCUUUACUGCCAGGCCUUGAGUUCACACACAACCAGCUUUUCUUUCUGAGUUAUGCCCACGUAAGAUGCAACUCCUUUAGACCAGAAUCUGCGAGAGAGCAAAUAUAUAUUGGAGCUCACAGCCCUCCUCAGUUCAGAGUUAUCGGUGCCAUGAGCAACUUUGAAGAGUUCCGUAAAGCGUUCAAUUGCCCAACGAACACGACGAUGAACCGAGGGGCAGAAUCCUGCCGGCUGUGGUAG